UCUCCUCCUCCCACCCUCAUCAUUCAUCAAAGUCUUUUCUCCUCUCCACCUUCUAUCCUAGCCAUGGCCACAGACCCUGAAAGAACAGAAACCCCAACUGAUUCCAUCCACCACAAAUCCUCCUCCUCCGAUCUCUUCUCAAGCGCAAAGGUACUGGCUGACGCCGCCAGAUCCGCCGUCAGCCAUGACGGCGGCGCCCUCGAUAAGCCGAAGGUGGCUGAGGCCAGCGAAGACGUCCUCGACGCCGCCUCUGAAUAUGGAAAGCUCAAAGAGAAGGGCUAUGGAAGCUAUGUAGAUAAAGCGCAAGGUUAUCUUCAUCAGUUUCACUCUUCAGAUCAGAAGCCCGCUCAUCCUCCACCUCCUCAUGAGGAGAAGUCAACUCCCAAAGAAAAGUCAACUGAUCCAGUUGAACAGUCAACUCCUGAAGAGCAUAAGUCAUCUGGCGGCUUUGGUGGAUUUGGAGAUUACGUUAACGUAGCAGAGGGCUUCUUCAAGAAGUAACUGUAUGUUUAAGCUACUAUAUAUAUAUAUAUAUGCUUGAUAUUAUAUUUUUAUUUUGGUAAAAAAGUGUGGUAGAAUUGUAAUUGUAGUUUUAUUUGUUGGAACUAUGUGCACUUGAGUUGACUUAGUGAGUGAUGCUAUGUGAAAUUAAUGAGAAUUUCAUGUUUAUUUUUGGUUUGAUUAAAAUAAUUUCUACUGUUAA